AUGCCGUUCCUAAAGCUAGAAGACCGAGACCGGCAGCUUUACUACACGUUGAAUUCACCAACAGCAGCAGCAUCGUCUUCUAAGAUAACAACUAUUAUUCUUAUCCAUGGCCUGGGAUCUUCCAGUUCUUAUUAUGCACCAGUUAUUCCCAGGCUCGUAGAUGCAGGAUACUCCUGCUUGGCGCUCGAUUCCCAUGGCUCCGCGUUGACCAAAUUGACUGGCCAGGGCGGCGAUCUUGAAACAAUAAUUCAGGAUAUAGGCGCUGCCGUAUCGACACUCAAAAUAUCUCCUAGCCAAACAAUUAUAGUGGGACAUUCUAUGGGCGGUAUUGUCGCUCCUGAAGCCACACUGCGAUACCAAUUCGCCGGCACUGUCCUCUUAGGCCCCGUAUAUCCCAAUGAGGGUCUUGGAAAAGUUCUUGAGGAUAGAAUUCAAAAGGUUCAACAAAAUGGCAUGGACGGUUUAGCAGAUGCUAUACCAAAGGCCGCAACAGCAUCUUCAGCCACUGCACUACAACGAGCAUUCAUCCGUACUCUUCUUCUCGCUCAAUCUCCAGAGGGCUACAUUGCAAACUGUAAAGCAAUUAUAGCCGCUUCGGUGCCAGCUUACGAAAAAAUCAAGUCUCCGCUCUUGCUGGUCGCUGGUGCUGAGGAUUUUGUUUGCCCGAUCGAGCUCUCGCAGAAAAUCCACGAUAGCUGGGGAUCAACGGAUAAACAUUUGCAAGUUCUCGAUAAAACUGGUCACUGGUACUGUAUUGAAUCGCCUGAUCAAGUUGGUGACGCUAUUGUUCAAUUUGCAAGUGGCAUCAAAUCUGUGUAG